AUGUCAUGCAGAGGGAAAAAUGGCAAGGGAUCGGGAGCAAUGGGGCACACAAUGUCCUCCAGGACAAUAUCCAAGGGAUCACUAAACCCCGCCACUCAGUGCCUGACUCACCACAAUGGCAUCAAGCAUGUCUCUGAUCUCAUCUACGAGGAGGCACAGAGGAUGUUGAAGGUCUUCCUAGAGAAUGUGAUCAGGGAUUCGGUAACCUACAUGAAGCCUGUCAAGUACAAGAUGGUAACCGCCAUGAACAUAAUUAAAAUGCUGAGGUGGCGGGGGGUGGGCUCUGUCCGGCCUCAGUGA